AUGGCCAAAGUAGAUCCUUCCUCCGAAGGCUCUUCCGAUACCAAUGUGACUACGUCUUCGAGGACAGAUGGAAAUGUCCCACCUCCACCUCCUUCGAAUACUGCUGUUUUAUUCAACUCUGCCGUUACAUCAUUUUUAAGUCAUAGUUCCGGAACCACAGCAGGAUCAUCAUCAAAUAAUAAUAAUAAUAGUAAUACUAGCACUACUACUACUCAAAAUAAUUUUGUUGGAUUAGCCAAUCAGGGUGCUACUUGUUAUUUGAAUUCUCUUGUUCAAUCAUUAUUUCAUACGCCUGAAUUUCGAUACGUGAUCUUCAAGUGGAGAUAUGACGCUCAACGUGAUCCGAGCAAGGAACGAUGUAUCCCAUACCAAUUACAACGACUUUUUGCAUACUUGACGCUUUCAAAGCGAAAGGCUGUACCCACAACAAGUUUGACAAAAUCAUUUGGUUGGGAGCAGUCGGAUGCAUUCGUUCAACAUGACGUCCAAGAGUUGAAUAGGCUUUUGUUUGAUGCUAUCGAUGUUUCAUUGAUUGGUUCUCGAAAUAUUGAUAACAAAGAAGAACAACAAAAUGGCCUCACCCCAAAGAUCAAGGAACUCACUAAUUUUCAUGACGUAUUAAUUAGUGACAUUUAUAGUGGAAUAAUGCUUGACUAUAUAGAGGCUAAAGAUCAUAGACGUGAAUCAGGAGAACCUGUAGGAAGAGCGAGAGAAGAUAUUUAUAUGGACCUUCAACUCGUGGUCAGAAGCGUGUCGUCUGUGGAAGAGGCGCUUGACAAUUAUGUGAAACCUGAGCUCUUGGAAGGAAAUGAACAAUGGAUUUGUGAGGAACUUGGAAACAAAAAAAUUGAUGCCAUCAAAGGCUUAAAGUUAAAGACUCUUCCUUACAUUUUGACAUUGCACUUGAAGAGAUUUGACUAUGAUCUCCAAACUUGGACUCGUAUUAAGUUAGGAAAUAUGGUCACAUUCCCAUACGAAUUGGAUAUGAAAAAAUACGUGACAAAUCAAUCUGGCUCUCAUAUUUAUGAUUUAUUUGCAGUUUUAAUUCACUCUGGAUCGGCUCUUGGAGGUCACUAUUAUGCCUACAUCAAAUCAUUGUCAAAUGGAAAAUGGUACAACUUUAAUGACAGCAAUGUUUCUGAAAUUGAUGCUCAACAAGUGAAAUUAAUGUAUGGAACAAAUGAUGCAAGUGCAACUGGAAGAUAUUCCUCGUCAACCAACGCGUACAUGCUUCUGUAUAGGAAGAGAGAUGAUAAUUUGAACAUCAACCACGUAGAAGAAAAUAUGAUUCCAGGUGACUUGCGAGAAGAGGUCGAAAAGGACAAUGAACAAAUUGCUGAGGAGCUUCGCAAGGCCGAGGAAGCACGACAAUCGCUCAACCUUCGUAUAAAAUGUGAGGGUCAACCUGUAUUAUCCAUAACUGUGAAAAAGACAGAUACCAUGAAUCAAGUGUUAGAAAAGGUGCAUGAAAUGAUGUCACGAAGAGAGAACUUUUAUUCCAAGCUCUCUAAUUGUAGACUCCGAAAGUUUGACAUUAUGAAGCAACUUCCAACAUCUUCUUUCCAUAGACAUGGAGAUCAGCCAAUUUCACGGUUCAAUAUGUUCAAUGGUACAAUUUUGUAUUUAGAAACGAAAGAAUCAGAUGAGGAAUGGAAAGAAAUUACAGAAUAUAUUACAAUUUAUGUGUGUCCUUUCAAUGAGGAAAAUAAUGAUUUUGACCAACCACGAUCCAUCAAAAUUACUACUACACAUACCUUAUUAGAAAUUAAAAAAGAGAUUGAGAAGGAGUUACAACGAGAAAGAUUUCCACAUGAAAAGUUAAAUCUGGUCAUUAUGAGAAAUGAUCAGUUAAUACUAUUCCACAAUGUGGAAGAAAAUGACAGAACCAUUGAAAAUGGGCUGAAUAUUGUUGGAUCUGAUUUGGUUUAUGUUGAAACUCUCGAUGACCCAACACAAAAUCUCGAAACAAAAGUUUUAGCCAAAUUGGACGAAAUGAAAUAUUGCUUUGAUGUACUGAUUAACACAUUCGACAAACCAAACGAUUACACCACUGCUGUGACAGUUGACAAACGGAAAACAGUCAGAGAUCUCAAAGAGAGAAUUGCAAAAAUAUUACAAACCGAACCUUCUGCUUUCAGAUUAUGUACUAAAAUGCACAUGCAGCCAAUUAACGAAGAUGUAUUAAUUUCUGAAUGUCCCCAUAUAUUUGAAUAUACGUCAUUGCAUGUAGAAAAGGGAGCUGCGCCAAAAGAAGGAGAAGUCAUUCUUCAAUUAUAUGUGCAUCUUCCAUGGCUCUCUGAACAACAGCCCCACCAAGAAAAGUCCAUUGAAGAGCAAACAAUAUCCGCCCCACUUCAACAAGAAAAUGGUCAUCUUGACGUCGCAACUAAUGUACCACCUCCUCCAGAUACAGAGGGUACAGUCAUGAUGACUUGUGAACCACCACCACCAUCUAGCUCAACAGCACUCGUACUUGCUCCUAAGGAUGGACCAGUGUACAAUCAAGGAAUGAGAUAUCUUGACGUGAUGCAAAAGUUAAAAGAUGAGUUUAGAUUUGUCGAUAAGAUUGUUGUCAACCAACAAGAAACGUUGGGCCAAUUCAAAAGGAGAAUUUACGAAAAAUAUUUCUCAAAUCCUGAUUCUGAUCAAUUUGUACCAUUAGAAUUGAUGAGAUUGAGAACCAAAGUUGGAGUAUUCUUACAAAAUUUGAUAAUUCACGAUGAUAAGACCAUCAAGGAGAAUAUUCCAGAUCUAACCAACAACAAACACAUUUUAGUGCAAAUAAUGGAAAGACCAAUGACAAUGCAUGAAGGUAACAUGAUCAUUUAUGUUCAGAGAUGGCUACCUUCAGAGUGGAAGUUUUAUGGAGGUGCUGAUGCCAAAUUUGAAGUGCUUAUUCCAAAAGAAAGCGAAUCACUUUCACCCCAAACGUUACGAACCAAAAUUUAUGAAACCCUUAAACAUUCAGCUCUCUCUGAUGUGUCACCAGAACGAUUUGAACAAAUCGGCAUUAGUAGAGCACCAAACCAGUUCGACUAUUUCAUUUCCAAAGAAUGCGUUCAAGUUGCAAUUUUGAAUUAUGAUGAAAUUGAUUCGAUGAAGGACCUGUAUCGACCACCUUUCAUUAUCAAACAAGAUGACAUUUUUAUUGUUAGAUUGAAAGAUGAAAUGGACAAAUACGACAUGGAAGAAUACAAGCAAAAGAAAAAAGCAGAAGCCAACAACGCUUCCUCCACCACACGGGUGCAAGAAAAAGCAUUGAAAAUUAAGGUACUCGAUAAAGAAACUGAAGAAAAGGAACAACGUUUGAAAGAAGAAGAGGAACAAAAAAAGAAGGAAUCUCAAGAUAUGAAUCAACAUGCAACCAGUGACCCCAUGAAUGUUGACUCUACUUCGUCCUCUCACACAACACAGGAGGAGAACCCAAAAAAGAAAUUAAAAUUAAAAGCUGAUGAAGCGUGA